UGGGAGUUUCUGUGCACAUUUGACUUCGACUGGUCAUUGGUGGCAAGGAAAAGGCGGUUCAGAUGGCCAUUGACUUUCUACCUUGCUGGAAGAUACUGUCUUCUCUCGGCCCUGAUUGGCGGCAUGAAUAAAACUGACUCCUAUUCCAGCAAAAUAGAUUGUCAAGCUCUAGCAAUCUUCAACCAGCUAACGGGGGAUGCUGCUGUUGGCUUGGCUAGCAUCAAUCUCUCCCUUCGCAUAAUUACUAUCUGGGCAAAAAACCUGUACAUCGUCGUUCCCCUCGUUUUUGCCAUCCUGGGCCAUUGGACGCUCAUCUUGCAAGGUACUACAUUGAGCGCCGCGUGGGACACCGAUACUGGGUGUAGAAUAACACAUGCGAAUUAUGCUUUACUCGCUGCUGUAUUCAUCUACUGCAUGGUCCUCGAUGUGUUAGUCCUUGUACUCAGCGUCAUCAAAUUACACGGACGAACUGGAAACUCGAAAUUGCUGGCAGUUGUAUACCGCGACGGCAUGAUAUACUUUUUAGCGGCCUCUUCUGUGAACAUCGUAGCUGUGCUCUUGAUGUGUUUGGAUUCGCACACGGCGAUUAGGUUGAUUUUCAAUGCUCCAGCUGCAGUGGCAUCUACGGUAUGA